UGCGGAGAUAGAAGAAGCGGAGAGUUUGUUAAACUACUCGUAAAAAUCAGAGCAAACUGUAAUGGCGAAUUCGUUGUUUGUUCCAAACAACUACUUGGUCAUACCUCCUCCUCGACUGUCGUCGAAACCCAUUGCUCCUCCCCAACUUCUUGUUGGGUUCUCAGCAGCCAAAUCUUCCCCUAUAGUCUUACACAGCAGCAGCAGCAGCAGUAGAAGCCGUGCCUCGUCUUUCAAAUCUCAUCUCGCUGCUGCUCGAGGCUAUGUUCCCCCAGUGAAUGCCAAAGAGGAUAAUGUACAAACCAGUGGAGCAGAUCAACAACAUCUGCCAAGUUUAAGGACUCUCCUUAAAGUUUACAAGGAUGCUAUUUUUAAUGGAGAUGAACAGACUGUAGCAGAAAUUGAGGCAAAGAUAGAAAUAGUAGAAAACAAGCAGAAUGAAUUAGUCCAGAAAGUAUCAUCUAUGUCAGCAGAGGUAACAUCAGGGAAGGAAAAGCUUAUUCGUCUGCAAGCAGAUUUUGAUAAUUGUAGAAAAAGAUUUGAGAAAGAGAGACUUAACGUGAGGACUGAUGCCCAAGGAGAAGUAAUUGAGAGCCUUUUGCCCAUGGUUGACAAUUUUGAGAGAGCAAAACAACAAAUUAAACCUGAAACUGAAAAGGAGAAGAAGAUCGAUACAAGUUACCAGGGAAUAUACAAGCAAUUUGUUGAGAUUAUGAGGAGCUUGCGUGUGGCCUCUGUGCCAACUCUGGGAAAACCCUUUGAUCCUUCGGUGCAUGAAGCUAUUGCACGAGAAGAGUCUCAAGAAUUCCCGGAUGGAAUUGUCAUUCAAGAAAUUCGCCGUGGCUUUUUACUUGGAGGUCGACUUCUAAGACCAGCAUUGGUUAAAGUCUCUAUAGGACCUGGCAGUAAGAAAUCUCCGGUGGCCACUGAGAAAUCUUCAGGGUCACCUGCAACAACUGCCUCAGUAGAGAAUUGAUAAGUUUUCACCAGAAGCUGAGUUAGAUGUAAGGAUAAGACUGCUUCUAUUCUUUGAUGUGGCUUUUCUUGUUC